UGCCCAUAUAUUGUUAAUAUUUUUAGAUACCUAUGAUUUUCCCCUUUCAAAACAGUACAUGGGGCAAAGGUCUAAUUGUCCGCAAUAUAUCUACCCAACCGCCAAAACUGGAACAGUUGGUUUAAAUCGAAGUUGAAAGAGGUAAUGAACCGGUGACGAGGUUCCGGUGCCAUGCGCUUUGCACAUCGUGUGAGGCUGCUCCACGAUAGCUGCUUCCGAUCCCGGCGAACGACUGAACUCUUUAGCAACGCUCUCGAACCACAAACCAGAAAGCCCAAGUCACCUCGAUCGGGAAAAGCAGCCUCGGUACGACCAACUAAGCAUUCAUCAUCUUCAUCUUCCAUUUCAGACUCCGAGAUAGUGAGGUGGAACAUAGCCAUCUGCAGCCACAUGCGCAAUGGCCGAUGCGAAUCCGCUCUCCGCCUCUUCAACUCCAUGCCUCGUCGGAGUUCGGUUUCUUGGAACUCCAUGAUAUCUGGGUAUUUGUCGAACGGAAGGUUCGACCUUGCACGAAAGAUGUUCGAGAAAAUGCCCGAAAGAGACUUGGUCUCGUGGAAUGUGAUGAUUAGUGGUUGCGUUAGGAAUAGAAAUCUUGGGGAUGCCCUGUUGUUGUUUAAUCAAAUGCCUGAGAAGGAUAUUGUUUCUUGGAAUGCUAUCUUAUCGGGUUAUGCACAGAGUGGGUAUGUUGAGGAGGCAAGGAUGACUUUUGAGAAAAUGCCUAACAAAAACUCUAUCUCGUGGAAUGGGCUAUUAGCUGCGUAUGUGCAGAAUGGGCGAAUGGAAGAGGCCCAUCACUUGUUUGAAUCAAAGUCAUACUGGGAGGUGGUUUCUUGGAAUUGUUUGAUGGGUGGAUAUGUAAGGAAGAAGAGGUUAGGUGAUGCCAGACAGCUUUUUGACAGGAUGCCCCUUAGAGAUAAAGUCUCGUGGAAUACUAUGAUUUCUGGUUAUGCCCAAGAUGGACAACUGUUAGAGGCACAGAGAUUGUUUGAUGAAUCUCCUAUUCGUGAUGUAUUUACAUGGACUGCAAUGGUCUCUGGGUAUGUGCAAAAUGGUAUGAUAGACGAAGCUAGCAAAAUUUUUGAUGAAAUGCCAGAAAAGAAUUCUGUUUCAUGGAAUUCAAUGAUUGCAGGAUAUUCACAAUGCAGUAGAAUGGACAUGGCUAGUGAACUUUUUGACGCAAUGCCUUGUCGGAGUGUAAGUUCUUGGAAUACGAUGAUUACUGGCUAUGCUCAAAAUGGUGAGAUUGAUCAAGCUAGGAAUUUAUUUGAUAGAAUGCCGUCACGUGAUAGCAUUUCUUGGGCAGCAAUAAUUGCAGGAUUUGCUCAUAGCGGUUACAGCGAGGAGGCUUUGCACCUCUUUGUAGAGAUGAUGAGAGAUGGGGAAAAGUUGAAUAGGUCAUCCUUUACUUGUGUGUUAAGCACAUGUGCUGACAUUGCUGCUUUGGAGUUGGGGAUGCAGUUGCACGGUCGGCUUGUUAAGGCAGGUUUUGAGAAUGGGUGCUACGUGGGGAAUGCACUUCUUGCAAUGUAUUGCAAAUGUGGAAGCAUAGAUGAAGCAUACGACGUUUUUAAGGGUAUUUCAGAGAAGGAUGUUGUCUCAUGGAACACAAUAAUUGCUGGUUAUGCAAGGCAUGGAUUUGGCAAAGAAGCUCUUGAGGUUUUUGAAUCAAUGAAGGCUGUGGGUUGCAAACCUGAUGAUGUCACAAUGGUUGGUGUAUUGUCUGCGUGUAGCCAUACCGGCUUAGUGGACACAGGCACAAAAUAUUUUUACUCUAUGUAUCAGGAUUAUGGCCUAACUGCAAAUUCAAAGCACUAUACCUGCAUGAUAGAUCUACUUGGUCGAGCAGGACGCCUAGAUGAUGCCCAAAAUCUAAUGAAUAACAUGCCAUUUGAACCUGAUGCUGCAACAUGGGGUGCUCUCCUUGGUGCAAGCAGGAUUCAUGGUAACACUCAAUUGGGAGAGGAGGCUGCUCAAAUGAUUUUCAAGAUGGAGCCUGAUAAUGCCGGAAUGUAUGUUCUUCUCUCAAAUUUAUAUGCAGCUUCAGGUAGGUGGGGUGAUGUUCGUAAAAUGAGGCUGAAAAUGAGGGAUACAGGAAUAAGAAAAGUUCCUGGAUAUAGUUGGGUUGAAGCUCAAAACAAGAUUCAUACAUUUUCUGUUGGGGAUUCAACACACCCGGAUACAGGUAGGAUAUAUGCUUUUCUAGAAGAGUUAGAUUUUCGGAUGAAGCAGGAUGGCUAUGUUUGUUCUACAAAAUUCGUGUUACAUGAUGUGGAUGAGGAGGAAAAGGAGCACAUGCUCAAGUAUCAUAGUGAAAAGUUAGCAGUUGCUUUCGGUAUCUUGAAUAUACCCACUGGACGACCAAUCCGUGUGAUAAAGAACUUGCGGGUGUGUGACGAUUGCCACACCGCAAUUAAACACAUAUCUAAGAUUGUAGGAAGGCUGAUAAUCCUAAGAGAUUCGAAUCGAUUUCACCACUUCAAUGGUGGAACAUGUUCUUGUGGAGAUUACUGGUAAGAGAAAAUGGAUGUUAUGAGAAAGAACAGGACACUUCAGAGUUCACUUAAAAAAAAAUUCGGUCUCUUUGGGUUGAUUAUUCUGAUGUUCAGUUUACAACUUGUGAUUUGGUCAACUUAUGACGGCAUCAAAAUUAUCCAUUUCCACAAGGAUUCAUGGGGAAAAGUACAGUAUACUAGCCUUCAAUUCUUGAGACCACCCUAGUGAAAUUGAAAUGCUUCCUAGUCAUGUUGCUGACUUCUUGUUGAAACUACGGUCUGAGAGAGAGACCAGGCAUCAACCACAAAUAUCAUCAAAAUGUGAAAUGUAGAAAAAAAUUCAGUUGAUCAGAAAGAGUAGAGGUCUGGGUUUGGUCUGCUUGCCGUAUCAGCACCUUGUAUGAAAAGGCAAGCUUCUUAUCAACUUUGCCUUCCAUCUCGAUUCCAGAGUUCACUGUCAUUAUUCUGUUAUCUACAUGGCUUUUUUGAACUAAUAAAUGGAAGCGGCAUUAAUGAGUACAAGAUGGGCUGGGAACCCUUUGGAAAUUUGGUUCUUUUCAGAUAUUCUUUGCCGAACUUUUCUUACACAUUUAGCAUUUCCUACCUCAUUGGCAUCUACGGAGAGCUGCUGUUCAAUAUAGAUUCAAGUGCAAAAGAAAGUCUCAUCUCAUCCAACUAUGACCGAGCUCAUGAAGAAUUUGAGGUGUGCAAUCUGAUUUUAUGUUCUGAAUUAGGAAGAAGGAUUCGAAGCUUGAGGCUAAUGUCAAUUACAGGCUCAAGACAACCACUCAUUUAACAUGGUUGGAUUAAUUUCUUAUGCCUGUCAUUCUAUUAGUGCUCUUGGUUAUCUUUGCAGCAUUCCGUACAGCUUUGAGCUGUACCUGGAAGAUACAUUUUUGUACCAAAAACAAUAUACAAAGUAUUGUUAACUGUAAAUUAAUUUCAAGAUGGCCAAUUUAGGGAUCAUAUUACUUGUUGAUGCUGUGUUAAUGAUUUGACUACUACAUGCCGCCUCAACUUCCAGCUUCCAAUCGAAUUCCCGACGGAAUGGUGUGAGGUGCUUAUGGCUACUUGGAAGAUCAACAUCAUGGGCCCUCUGCGAGUCUGUAAGUUAGUUCAAUGAGAUUUAAACUUAUGUUCUCAGGUUGUUCUGUGGAGGACUGAUAAAUUUUACAGUGGCAUUUUCAUAGAUGCCCACCCGCCUAUUUAGCAAUAGAUUGCAGGAAUAAAAAUCCUAUUCCUAGUGCUGGACUGUAUCCGAACAGAGCAAGAAUUAAUGCUGAUAAUGUCGAAUCUAUAUAUUGAUGCACAUUCAUUAUUUCUCA